UUUCAAUUUGGCUUUAGAUAUUCCUUCAAAACAUCAAUGGCUGAUGGAGUAAAGAAAUUUACUUGGAAAAGAAAAAUUGGAGUGCAAGUGUCUAAAUCGACAUCUUUAGCAUUUGAACAAGAAUCUAAAGCUGAAGAAGAUAUUUCAUUAUGUAAUGAAAAUGUUGAUUGGCUGACAUUAGCUCCUGUUAAGCGAAGAACUUUGAUUAGUUUAGAGGAUGGUAUUGCCAAGGGAAGCAGGCUUGUACAAGAAGGAACUGUAUUAGCUGGAGCUGAACGACGUCGCCAGACUUGUCACUUUAUCCUAAUUCCAUGGUACUGGGAGGCUUUAAAGAAAUGGGACGAAGCAUUGCAGUAUACUCCUUGCGAUGAAAAAAUUCAUGAAAUGAAAGCUCAGGUUCUAAUGGAGUUAUGUGAAGUAUUUCCAGCUGUCCAAUCUGCAAAGAAAGCUGUAGAGUAUAGUCCAACAUGGUGGAUUGCUCAUCAAACAUUGGGUCGGGCUUAUCUUGGACUUGGAGAAGUGAAAAUGGCUGUUCAGAGCUUCUCUAGAGCUGUGCACCUAAACCCAGGAAACUUGGCAUUGUGGGAAGAUGACUUAAUGUGGGCUUGUUUGUUACUACAAAAACGUAAAACACUGGAAGUGGAAAAGAAGCAAAUAUUAUCAAUUAAAGAUGGGGGUGGAUUGAAAAUUGUAGAAAUCGGAAGUGAUGUCGAUAAUGAUGAUGAUGAAAAAGUAGUACAAGAGCAUGACCAAUUUAAGAUGAAAUCUGACGUAAUUUCUUUAAAAAACUUGCCAACAAAUUAUGUUCAAAUGAGAGAUGAUCUACAUGUACCUCCUUGAAUAAAAGUAUGGAAAUUGUC